AUGGAGGCGGUCAUCCAUGAGCUCGAGAGUGACGCGCAAAUGAGCGUAUUUCUAAGCCCUAAUUGUGACGUGAGUGCCAUCGCCAGCGCAGUUGUAGCACGAGAUUCGGCCUCGCGGGACGGUAAUGGCUUCGCUGAACGCCGCACGAGUUCCAUGACUAGCUUAGCCACAAAAAACGAAGAAGUGGAAGAGACGAAUCAAUGUGAGAAGUUUGUGGAGCGUCUGAACGGUGCAGCGCAGCGCAUUGACCGCGUUAUCUCGAAGCACAUUGGCGAACAUCACGCCACGUUGCUGGACCAGGUGGGAUCAGUAGACGAGAUGCAGAGCCAUUUGACGCUGGUUCAGAGCUCUGUGGGACACUUGAAGGAGUCAGUGCAGUCUCUGGAGACGCUAGUCCGCGAGAAGCACGAGAAUCUGCGUGACACGAUUCAGCGUUAUCGCAACAUCAAGCGCUGCGGAGACAUUGUACAGCGAUUACUGCGCUUUCAGAAUCUUUCGGAUCGCUUAUUAGGAUCGGAUUUGAAUCAGGUUGACGCAAUAUUGACAGGGGUAGCAGUGGAAAAUGGAAGCGGCCUGACAAAAGAGAGGUUUCAGGAGCUUAGCGCCGUGCGUGCCACAUUGCCAGCUAUACGAAAGCUUAGCACCAAUAUAAAGCGUGAGGUGCGCGCUACCCUGCGCUCAGGUAUCCGGAGUCUGAGUCAAGCAAAUGUCGGGGAUGCACUGCAGAUCCUUUUUUACCUUGGAGAAUUGGGUACAAUGACUCAAGCCUCAGUGAACGAUGUGGUUCAGGAAGUGGAACGUAAAUGUGCUACCGCUAUCUCAGAGGAUAAACUUGUGCGUUCCGGUGGUGCCAGCAUCGACGGUUUGAAGUCAAGUAAUGGACUCUCUAUCUCAGGUAACAACAUUUUGCAGAAGUCGGACUUGUGGAAAGCGGUUCAGGAUGUUUUUGAUGUCAUCCGUGUGCAUGCGCUUCAAGUGUGGAAUCUGCAGCGCGUUCUGCUAAAGAUGGUAGACCCGGCAUCAGGCAAAAGGUACAUCGAUCUAGUUCUCAAGCUGGAAGAGCCGUCUCUCUUUGCCACAUUCUGGGAGGUGACAUGCGCCAUUGUACAGGAGCUUUUCGCGUCGACACUAAACUACAAUACGGCGGUAAAAUCUGUGUUGAUUGCGGAAUAUCCUCGUAUGCGAAAGCAAGCUACAAGCGUUUUAAACGAACUGUAUACCGCUACAAAGCAGAGUGCAGGUGCAGAACUUGUGGCAGAUGUUCUGGUCGUUGCAGCUGAUGCAUUUGACGUGAAAAUGGGAGCAGUAGAGAGAGAGUUAGCGACCGUUGCGGGCUCUGCGGCUGAGCGCACACAAUUACUGGACUCCAUGGGGCCAUUGCAUGAUGCGUUCAUUGACCGCGCCUACAGCAGGAUGUCGAACCCCAUACAGCUCAUGUUUCCCCAAAGCUCUGAUUUUCACGCGUCACCGCCCGGUCGCAGCGACAUCCAAGCUCUGUCACGUGCAAUUCUUUCUGAGCUUGAGCAGGCCGGCCGAGACCGUGUACUGUUGGAUGAUGUUCUACAACAGGUGCGGAAGGCUGUUAUCUUGUUUUGCUCUAAUGUAAAAAGAAUUAUGUACCAGGGAAAGGCGGCUGCCGCGACAAUGCCGUCUUUAGGACGGACACCUGCGCAGGCCCACAACGUCGGGCUCAUGAAUGUGUUGAGCUUACUGGAUGCAGCAAUGGAAGAAGUAAGAAAUUAUGUUGAAGCUGCAGCAGCUAUCAAUGGUUCUGACGCAGAAAUCGCAGCAUCGGUGUCAUCUAGUGCUAAUGUCAAUGCUACUAGCGUAGUCACACCAAAAGAAGCAACAUUGUUGUGCACGACAAGUAUAGAUCCGUGCCGUGAGAUGAUCAGUGACCUGGAAUACGCCAUGUUGGGAUCCUAUCUGCAGGCACUUGCUGUAUUGCUGGAGGGUACAUUUGCUAAGAUGCAUGAUGAGUCCUUUGGUGACCAAAGUGCAGCAAAUGGGAUGGCAUGUUCUGGCGAUGCACCGCGAAGUAGCGGUGGAUUCCGCUCAUCACAGGGCUCAAGCGGCUCCAAAUAUAUGCAAGAAUUCGUCAACGCAUUCUCCGUCAUCCUGGAGGACCAUCUUCGUCGUCUACCUGUCGCUACUUUUGUCACCAAGUGUCUGGGGGAUUUUGUAGAGCGACUCGUCUCGGUGUUCAUCCGACACGCAUCUUUGCUACGUCCACUUACUGAAGAUGGCAAGCUGCGUUUAGCGAAUGACAUGACACAACUGGAACUGCAGCUAGAACAUAUUAUGCCAUUGCGCAAUGUCGGUGCCUCCUACGAGGAGCUUCGCGCGUUUCGUCACAUGAUUUUCCUGGAGAGCAGUGACAUUCUUCGAGAUGCUACAGUCGACAAAAUUCGACCGAGCAACGUGUGGCAUCACCUCACGUCUCGCGCUCCGCCUGAGCUUCAACUUCCGCAUCAGAUGAAACAAUUGACAGCUUCGAAGUAUAUUGAGUGGCUAGACACUCGCGCAAACACAGGCCAGCCUUCGCCGUCUACUCCGCCUUCCUCUUCGAGUGGCAAACCAUCUGCGCUGUCACCGUCGUGGAAAGAGCUACCGCUUGGCUAUCCGUGCUUGAAAGACCCUCGCUUGGGUUUGCAAGCUGAAAAGAAGGCGUGGAAAGAAAUAAACAAGUGUCUUGAUGCAUACUCUCAGCGGGUCAGCGCGUCUGCAAAUGCCGAGUUGAGUCCAAUCUACGGCUUGUUACAGGAGUCAAGUACCAUCCUGUUGGCAGGUUACGAAGUAAUGGUUUCUCGGAAAAAGUAA